UACAGGGAGACUCGACCGGGAAUGAGUCAGGGAACACUUGCGCUCUCGGAGAACUGAAUGAACAGCUCCCCAGCGAGAGCAGACCGACACAGGAAUUAUACAGGACGUCUGAUCUCGUGGAGUCCACGGUCUACCUCACUCGCCAUACGACUCGGGCGGCUGUUUUCGCUCAGGGGGUAGGGCGGGGAAGGUGCUGGGCCCGGGACGGUCGGGUGGGAUGGAGCGGUGGAAGAAAACGCUUCCCGUCAUGAUGUCGCUGAAGAUCAGCGCGUAUGUGAAGGAGUACUGCAAGAGGAAUGGGCUCCUGACGCUGUCCGUCUUUGCCGUGGUGGCGGGCUGCGUGCUGGGAUUCCUCCUGAGGUCAUUCAACCUGUCCACGCAGGCCAAGAUCUACUUCUCUUUCCCCGGGGAGCUGCUGAUGAGGAUGUUAAAGAUGCUGAUUCUGCCUCUCAUCACAUCCAGUCUUAUGUCUGGUCUGUCAGCCAUGGACACGAAGGCCAGUGGCCGUUUGGGUGUCCUGACCAUCACUUACUACCUGUGGACCACCUUCAUCGCCGUCAUCGUGGGUAUCGUACUCGUCCUCAUUAUCCACCCUGGGAUCGGCACCGAGAAGGACAGCCACCACGCCAGCUCGGGACCCGUCAUGACUUCAGCUGAUGCUCUUUUGGACCUCAUCAGGAACAUGAUCCCUUCCAAUCUAAUCGAAGCAACCUUUCAGCAGUAUCGGACAGACCUAGUGCCCAUAGUGCAGAGUUCCAACGCGAAGGAGUCACAGGCCAACUAUGUGUACGUCAUGCCUGACUAUCACAACCCCCGCCUGGGCCACCCGGUCUUCCUGGACAUCACCCCGGCACCCGACAUCAACUACAAGAUGGUGCCCAGCACGAGCAAGGGCAUGAAUGUCCUGGGGAUCGUCAUCUUCUCGGCCACCAUGGGGCUGCUGCUGGGGAAGAUGGGGGAACGUGGAGCGCCGCUGGUCAACGUGUGUCAGUGCAUCAAUGAGUGCGUCAUGAAGAUCAUUAACGCGGCCAUGUGGUACUUCCCCUUUGGCAUUGUGUUCCUGGUAGCGGGGAAGAUCCUGGACAUGCAUGACCCAGCUCACCUGGGAGAAAAGCUGGGCAUGUACUUCAUCACGGUUCUGUCCGGCCUGUUCGUGCACGGCCUCAUCUUGCUGCCUCUCUUCUUCUACUUCUUCACGCGCAAAAACCCCUUUCCCUUCAUCAGAGGCCUUCUGCAGGCUCUCGUCAUCGCCUUGGCCACGUCUUCGAGCUCGGCCACUUUGCCGAUCACCAUGAAGUGUCUGCUGGAGAACUGUGGCGUGGACCGGCAGAUCGCUCGCUUCGUGUUGCCUGUGGGAGCCACCAUCAACAUGGACGGGACGGCGCUGUACGAGGCGGUGGCGGCCAUCUUCAUCGCUCAAGUCAACGAGUACGAACUUGACUUCGGUCAGCUCGUCACCAUUAGCAUAACGGCGACAGCAGCGAGCAUCGGCGCAGCUGGAAUACCUCAAGCCGGUCUGAUUACCAUGGUGAUCGUCUUGACCUCUGUGGGGUUGCCGCCUGCCGACAUCUCUCUGAUUGUGGCCAUUGACUGGGUUCUCGAUCGCUUCAGGACGAUGAUAAACGUCCUCGGCGAUGCCUUAGCAGCUGGUAUCAUGGCGCAUUUAUGCAGGAAGGACUUUGAGAAGGCCGCCGCUGCUGCAGUCGUCGUCGUAGACGGCGUCACCCCCGCCGUUGUCAAUAACGGAGGAUCAUCCAAACGGAGAGACACGGUGAUCUCCAUGGGCAAUCAGAGCGUGACCCUGUCCGAUGCACCCUUAAUCGCGCACCGCUGCGAUUUUGUGUUCGAGGUCGAUGGCGACAACGUUUUGGAGAAACCCGUGGCCUGCUACAACCUAUGCCAAGUCUGAGACGCUUUCCCAGGACGGACCAAACAGUCAUCUCACCAGAGACCAAAGGGAACCAUCGGAGACUUAAGAUGUGGCUUUACAGUUUCUUUGCCAGUGCCAAGACAACAGAAACCUUCACGACUUGAUGUACUGUCUAUUGUGCUGUUUGUCUCAAUGGAUUUUGUAUAUGAGCAUCUGCAGCCAAUUCGAUGAAUCGGUGAGUGUCGCAUCAGACUUCGACAGUAGACCUACCCCGAUGAUGGAUUAGACCGAUCCAGUUGCCUUAACGUGAUCGCUCGUGCUAAAACAGCAGCAGCUGAUUGACGACAAGUAUCAUUGUCAAAUCAACUUCAACCCAAGGCACCAUAAAUAGCGACAUUUUCCGAAGAGUCACAUGAGAUGGUCAACUGUCUUUUUAUAACAAUGGCGAUGUUUUUUUGUGUUUAUGUUUUCCAAUUAAAAGUUGGUUCACUCCA